UUUUACUUGUUAAUAUCUGUUCAUAUUAUUGUUUUUUUUGAUAAAUGAUGAAAUAAAAUUCAUGUAAAUACAAAGUAUAUGUAAUUAUUUGUAACGCAUCUUGGUUAGUAUUGCUGUCAAAGAUGUUGGAAAUUUGGCACAUACUCAUCUUGGUUUAUACUGAGAUGUGAUAGCUUCUCAUUUUUAAUUAGGAAAAGUUUUUCUCAAUUUUCUUAUCAAGUUGAAAAUAGCUAGUUUUCUAAUAAAUGAUGGAAGAAGUUUUCCUUUUUUAGAAAUUAAAGAAUGUUACAUUUUUCUCUAUUUUUCCUCAAUUCCGCCACCCUUUCCCUUAUUCUAACUUUUUUUCCGUUAUUAUGUAACUUUUCUGGUAAGGAACCAUACAAAAGAAAAUGAAGUUUGAGACUUGAUUCUCACUAAACAAAAAUAUUCAGUUCAAAUGUUAUCGUGUGAGUCGAACAUACCCUUAUUGGCUGGUAAAGAUGGGCUUAUUAUUAAAUGUUGUAACAAAAAUUGCAGAUUUAAAGGCUUAGGAAGAGAUAACAUUGGAGAAAACAUGGAAAUAGAAAGUCCAACAAUGAGUCCAAAGAUGAAGCAAUAUUUGUUGAUACUAAAUUGCAUAAUGUUAGCAAUAGGAAUAAGCGGCGGUCCACUUAUUAUGAGGUUGUACUACCUACAUGGUGGCAAGAGUAUUUGGCUUUCAUCUUGCUUAGAAACUGGAGGAUGGCCUAUGAUGAUUGUUCCUCUCCUCGUUGCUUAUUUUCAACGGCGCGCGGCUCAUCCUGCGCAAGCCAAGCUCCUCUUCAUCAAGCCUAGCACUUUUUGUUUUGCUGCUGUUGUUGGACUAGUAGCAGGGUCAGCAGACUACUUCUAUGCAUAUGGAGUAAAACACAUACCAGUCUCAACAUCAUCCUUAAUCUUAGCAACCCAACUAGCCUUCACAGCAGUUUUUGCCUUCUUAUUAGUCAGGCAAAAAUUCACAGCAUGUUCAAUAAACGCGGUUGCUCUCCUAACCUUCGCAGCCAUAGUCUUAGCCCUUCAUGCUAGCAGUGAUAAACCCGCGGGCGAAUCAAGUGCUCAAUAUUACUUAGGGUUCUUCUUUACCCUAGCUUCUUCUGCCUUAUUCGCUCUUAUGCUUCCUAUGAUUGAACUCACUUAUAAAAGAGCUAAACAAACUGUUAACUAUGAAUUGGUAAUGGAGAUUCAGCUUGUGCUAUCAUUCUCUGCUACUGCAAUGUGCACUAUUGGGAUGCUUGCUAGCGGCGAUUACAAGGGUUAUGUAGGAGAAGUGCAAGUGUACAAACUUGGGGUUGUCAUGUACUUUGUUGUGCUAGUAUGUAGUGCAAUUCUAUGGCAAUUCUUCUACCUAGGGGCGGCCGGGGUCAUAUACUAUGGCUCCUCUUUGUUGUCCGGAAUUAUUAUAGCGGUUGCACUUCCGAUCACGGAGAUAGCCGCCGUGUUUUUCUACCAUGAGAAGUUUCAAGUAGAGAAGGGGUUAUCUCUUGCUCUUUCACUUUGGGGAUUCAUCUCUUAUUUUUAUGGUGAGGCUAAAGAUAUCAAGAAACAAAAAAAGAAGGAAAGAAUCAAUUUAGAAUCUAUAAAUAUAAAUGCUGAUAUAGAAUCAUAGAAUAGGAUGUUAUAGAAUAUUCAUUUACUUAAAGUACCUAGUGUGUGAAUUCUACUUGUUAAAAUUAGAUAAUCUGGAUUUGAGUUGGCCCAAAUCAAGGAAUAUAAUAUUUUUCCUAAGAUGAGGAAAAGCAUAUA